CAGGAGUUCGGCAAGUCUGCACCAAGUACAGCUGAGAAGCUGUACUAUUACCUUUGCAGGUGAAGCUGAAAAGACAGCAUUGAUUUCACAAUGGGCUCCAUCAGUGAAGCAAAUGCAGAAUUUGCUUUUGAUGUUUUCAAAGAGCUGAAAGUCCACCAUGUUAACGACAACAUCUUCUACUCCUCCCUGAGUAUCAUUUCAACCCUGGCCAUGGUCUAUCUGGGAGCAAGAGGUAACACUCAGUCUCAGAUGGAGAAAGUUCUUCACUUUGAUAACAUUACAGGAGUUGGAGAUGCUAUUGACUCUGAGUGUGGCACUUCUGAAUACAUCCAUAAUGCAUUCAAGGAUCUUCUCUCAGACCUCACCAUGCUGAAUGCUACAUACUCGCUGAAGUUUGCUGACAAACUCUAUAUUGAAAAAACAUACCCCAUUCUUACGGAAUACUUAAAGUGUGCAAAGAAAUUCUACAAAGCAGGUAUGGAAGAAGUUGACUUCAAAACAGCUGCAGAGGAAGCAAGACAGCUCAUUAAUUCUUGGGUGGAGAAAGAGACAAAUGGACAGAUCCAAGAUUUCCUUGUGGCAGGCUCUGUUAAUCCAGAUACUGCACUGGUCCUUGUGAAUGCCAUUUACUUCAAAGCGAUAUGGAAGACAGCAUUUAAAGAAGAAGACACUCGGGAAGCACCCUUCAGUGUGACAGAGCAAGAAAGCAGACCUGUGCAAAUGAUGUGUCAGAACAGUACCUUCAAAAUGGGAAUUGUGCCUUCAGAGAAAAUUAAGAUCCUGGAGCUGCCAUAUGCCAGUGGAAAGCUGAGCAUGCUGGUGCUGUUGCCCGAUGAUGUCUCUGGUCUGGAGCAGAUUGAGAAAAAAAUCAACUUUGAUAAAUUUAAGGAGUGGACCAGUCCCAGUGUGAUGGAAAAGAAGAGAGUGAAAGUGUACCUCCCGCGCAUGAAGAUUGAGGAAAAAUACAACCUCAUAGCUGUCUUAAAGGCCUUGGGUAUGACUGACCUGUUCAGCUCUUCAGCUGAUCUGUCUGGCAUCUCUUCAGCAAAGAAUCUGAAGAUAUCAGAGGCCGUCCAUAUGGCAUACAUGGAAGUCAAUGAAGAGGGCACUGAGAUGGCUGGCUCAGCAGAUGUGAUUGGAGACAUCAAACAAUCUUCUGAGUUUGAAGAGUUUAAGGCUGACCGCCCUUUCCUUUUCUUCAUCAAACAUAAUCCAACCAACUUCAUCCUUUUUGUUGGUAAAUAUUGUUCUCCCUAAGAAGAAAAGGAGCUGGAAAUAAAGUUUGUCUUCCCCUCAGAAACAGAUCCCCUUUACUGUAGGAUUGUAGUAUAAUCUCAUCUCUUCAAUAUUUUCUCCAAAUGGAAAGCCUUCAAUAUCUAGUGAGAUGUCCUUGAAGAAGUGUAUGACUUUUCAAAUGUUUAGGUGCAGGUAUUUCUGCUCACACCACUUUUAUUCAGGACUUAUAUCCAAGAUUGAAUGAGAAUUUCAGGAGGUAGUUUAGGAAUAUCUCCCAUCACCAUUGAAUAACUUGAGAGACAGGCUAGUGUUUUGAUUUUUGUGUGAAAUACUUCCACUUUAAUAGACAAUCUGGUUUCUCUAUAGGUGGUUAGUGAAAGAAACACAGCUUUCAGAAUAACCCAGUUCCUUUAUGGACAGCCACCACUGAAUUGAUGCCUGGGCAACUUGCAGACAUAAUUCUGUGCUUUAGCAAAGCAUUCUUCUUCCAGGAAUGCAUGUGGGCUCUUUGUGCUGCAUGUUAGUAUAAGUCUGUGUCUCUCUGUGCCUGUGUCUGUCUCUCUUGUUCUGAGGAAACAUCUAGAAAGUCCACCAUUUCUUCAUAGAUUAUCAUCUCCAAAUACAAUAUCUUCCUGACAGACACAAUUUCGCACCUUCAUUGCAGUGACGUACCAUUGAUUUUGUGAAUGUUAAUUGGUGGUCCUUCUAUUUAUUCCAAUAAAAGCAUUACAAAAUAAACAUGUCAUUGUCAUU